UGUCGUGUACUAUUUUUUGUUGUUCAUCAUGUGGGUACGGAGAUACACGCUGAUAGCGGGCUUAUUAUUAACAACAACCGCCGCUGAUAAAAAAGUUAAUCUUGAGGAUAUUGAGAGGGAUAAUCUCCGCUCGGAGGAAAGAUCCGGCAGUUCUACGGUAAGCUUCCAGCAAAAAAGCUACCAAGUUAAGCCGGAAACAGAUAGUGAGGAUUAUCGAUCAAGUAGUCAUCAGUAUCAAGCUAUCAGAGGAUUGGGAUCUUACUCAACCGCUAAACCAUUGCGCGAUUACGAUGCCGACAGUUACGUGCAAGCAAAUCAGCAGAACUCGGACUAUCAGCGGCAACCAGAAACUGCUAAUGACAAUGGCCAAUCUUACUCUGAUUACUCAGAACAAAUAGAUGUCGUGCCAAAGGGUCAUUCAAAGUCUAAUUAUCACCAACAAGAGCCCCAAUUUUAUUUCAAGCCGGAAGUAGCUGUCGGCAAUCAGUAUCAAACGAUUCAGCAGAAAGCUGCGACGGAAAAACAUUUGCACGGAUAUAAAAGUACUGUUUACAUUCCGAUGAAUCAAUUGCUUGCGUACUAUUCAUACUUGUCGGGUCAUGGGUCGCAGAGUAAGCCGCUGCAUUCAUUGGCCAGCACGGGAGCUGGAUCCGAUGGAGGACAGCAAAUAUCUAUUCCUAUUUAUACAUCCGAUCACUACAGUCGUACUCCUAUUUACAUGCCAUCUAAGCUGUCAUACAACCCUCAGUCGCAGUAUAUUACAUAUGCAUCUCAAUAUCCUUCGCACACACAAGCUAUUAUACCUUCAAAGAAGAAGGCAAGUAAAUUGUACUCGCACGUGAGCGCGUCAUCAAAAGACCUACUAACCGGUACGCAGAGUGUGGUAGCGCAACCGCAGAGCCAGUAUUUCCAUCAAGAAUUGAUUUACCCGGAGCAGUACACGGCUACGGUAACACAGCAGGUGCAACAGCACCCGCACGGUAAAUCCUACUCCAGUGCAUCGCCGAUUGCGACUUAUUCUCAAAGUAAUUCCCGACCGCAGACAAGUCAUUUGGAGCAGUACUAUCGCUAUAUUACCCCGGAACAGUUGCAGUACUUGGUAUCCGCUAAAACAAUUUAUCAAGACGAGCAGCCUGACUACCAGAGUCUACAAGCUCCAGAAGACGGUUUUAUGCCUCCACAAUUGCCAGCCAAGAAUUUUAAGUCAUCGUAUCCAUCAGCUAGUAGUGAAAGUACGCGAUUACAUUAUUUGCAAAAUCACCUGAGUCAUUCAUCCUCAUCAGAACCGAAAUCGCUUCUUGAUUCUUAUGUACCCAGUCAUAUUAUCGCUGCGCAAGAUGCUGAAAGAUAUCGUGAAAGACCAAUUAAACUUGAAAGCGGUUUCCUUCCGUCAAAAAUAAAUUUUAUCCAUUCCUACAAAAAACGAAAAACUGAAUAAAUAUUUUUUUUUUUUUUAAUUUUAAUUUCACUAGAGAUUAAUUCCGAGACAAAAAACAAAUUUUGGCUUAGUCCUAAAAAGCGUCGAUUCCUUUGAUAUUUUAUUUGUCGGCCAGUAACUCUACGUUAGUACUCAAAAUCUUCGAUAAGAACUAUGAGGUCUAAAUACGAAUAAUUUAUCGAUUUUAAAUUAUGACUGACCUCAAAAUCUCAAAGAAUCAAAAAUCAUAUUUUGGACUUUGAACAAUUUUAGAUAGAAAAAGGAGUUUUGAGUAUUUUGAGGCUCUAAUCAAGUUUAAUUCUCAAAGUGGUAAAAUGGGACGUAACUACUACUUUGAGGACUAAACCAGGAAAACUUUCUAUACUAUUGUCAAUCUCAAAAUUCAAAAUCGAUCCUCAAAAACCUCAUUGAGAACUUUGAGACUUAAAUCUGAAUUCGUUUUUUGACUCGGGAAAAAAAAAAUUAAUUGAGAUAAGUUUUUAUCUAGUCUUACAGAAUUUUUCAUGUAAAUUUCUCCAACAAUGGCAAGGAAACAAUAAUACAAACAAAUAGAUAUAAUAAAUAAAUUUCUAGAUCCAUAUAUUUGAUUAUUAUGGUUUAUAUGUAAUAUAACUCGAUUUCUAAUUCGGACGUAACGUAUGUCUGAAACGGUAUUAGCAUAAUCCGUAAUAUCGAGUUGUAUCACACGCAGUAAUCGAUUGACUCGAAUAAUUUAAUUCGUUAAUUGAAAAAAAAAAGUAACAUGAAGAUUUACUUAACCAUACUAUGUAAGAAUAAUUACUUACAAUUGCGUUAUUAUUUUUCUAUUAAUCUAUUGUUAUAU